ACGGAAAGCAAGGGUGGGGGAGGCGCGGGGAAUGGGCGAUCCUGAAUCGACUGGCCGCGCACGGGUCAGGGCAAGGGUGCCGGCGCCCCCAGAACGCCAGGGACGUACUGUGAGGGAAGGCCUAGCUGCUAAGCCCUUUUGGGCCGGGGUCUGACAUCUGGACGGAGUGGGAAAGCAGCAUCCUGCCCUUGGGGAGUCGGGAGGAGCCCAGUCCCAUCCAGCUGUGCAAACAGGAGGAGGAGGAGGUCCCAAGCCUACCCUUGGGAAAGGGGCGAGAGGGGUGGUCAGGCCGCCGCCGCGCUGGCCCCCGCGGUGCGGGUUGCGCCAGCCUCCUCGGAGCCCGACGCAGAAACUUGUUGCAACAAACAGGCGACCGCGGGUGCCCCUAGCAGCCAGCGGCGGAGUGGGUGGGCGGUCGAGAGGGAGGGGAAGGCUGGCGGACGCCGCAGCGAACUGGUGGGCAGACCCGGAGUCGCCGCGUAAGCGGGGCCGGCUCAGUGCGGUGCGGCAGGCGCGGCUGUGCGGCAGCGGAAGUCCUUUGUUGCAGCACAGUCCCUGGCAGAGCCAGAGCCUCUCCGCGCAGCCCAGCCCGAGCACCGCGCGCCGCCACCACUGCAGCUCUCGGCCCCUCUGCCUCCGCCCGCCUUUCCCGUGGCCGAUUUGCCUUAAACUCCCUAAAAUCUCCGCAGCCCCGGUUCCUGCUGCGGCCGGUCUCUAAUUAAUAGAAGAUGGCAAAGCCCAGCCACAGCAGCUACGUCCUUCAGCAGCUAAACAACCAAAGGGAAUGGGGUUUCCUCUGUGACUGUUGUAUUGCAAUUGAUGACAUUUACUUUCAAGCACACAAAGCAGUUCUAGCUGCCUGUAGCUCCUAUUUUAGAAUGUUUUUCAUGAAUCAUCAGCAUAGUACUGCACAGCUGAAUCUCAGCAACAUGAAAAUUAGUGCUGAGUGUUUUGAUCUCAUUUUGCAGUUUAUGUAUUUAGGAAAAAUUAUGACAGCUCCUUCCAGUUUUGAGCAGUUUAAAGUGGCAAUGAACUACCUACAGCUGUACAAUGUUCCUGACUGUUUAGAAGACAUACAGGAUGCAGAUUGUUCUAGUUCAAAAUGUUCAUCUUCUGCUUCUAGCAACCAGAACAGCAAAAUGAUAUUUGGGGUAAGAAUGUAUGAAGACACUGUGGCUAGAAAUGGCAGUGAAGCCAAUAGAUGGUGUGCAGAGCCAAGUUCAACAGUAAAUACACCACAUACUAGAGAGCCUGAUGAAGAGUCUUUGCAAUUAGGUAAUUUUCCUGAACCAUUAUUUGAUGUAUGUAAAAAGAGUUCUGUGUCCAAAUUAUCUACUCCGAAAGAACGUGUCUCACGACGCUUUGGACGGAGUUUUACCUGUGAUAGUUGUGGAUUUGGCUUUAGCUGUGAGAAAUUACUAGAUGAGCAUGUGCUAACCUGUACUAACAGACAUUCAUACCAAAAUACAAGAUCCUACCACAGAAUAGUGGAUAUUAGAGAUGGAAAAGACAGUAAUAUCAAAGCUGAAUUUGUUGAAAAGGAUUCUUCUAAAACAUUUUCUGCACAGACGGACAAAUACAGAGGAGACACAAGCCAGGCUGCUGAUGACUCAACUUCAACCACUGGAAGCAGAAAAAGUAGCACAGUGGAGUCUGAACUAGCCAGUGAAGAAAAAAGCAGAGCUGCUGAGAGGAAAAGAAUCAUUAUCAAGAUGGAACCAGAAGAUAUCCCUACAGAUGAACUGAAAGACUUUAACAUUAUUAAAGUAACUGAUAAAGACUGUAAUGAGUCCACUGACAAUGAUGAAUUAGAAGAUGAACCUGAAGAGCCAUUUUAUAGAUACUAUGUUGAAGAAGAUGUCAGUAUUAAAAAAAGUGGGAGGAAAGCUCUAAAACCUCGGAUGUCAAUAAACACUGAUGAAAGAGGUGGUUUAGAAAAUAUGAGGCCCCCUAACAACAGCAGUCCAGUACAAGAGGAUACUGAAAACGCAUCCUGUGAGUUGUGUGGGCUCACGAUAACUGAGGAGGACCUGUCAUCUCAUUACUUAGCCAAACACAUCGAAAAUAUCUGUGCAUGUGGCAAAUGCGGACAAAUACUUGUGAAGGGUAGACAGCUUCAGGAACAUGCCCAGAGAUGUGGAGAGCCCCAAGACCUGACAAUGAACGGGUUAGGAAGUACUGAGGAGAAGAUGGACAUGGAAGAGAAUCCUGACGAACAGUCUGAAAUCAGGGAUAUGUUUGUUGAAAUGUUGGAUGACUUUAGGGACAAUCAUUUCCAGAUAAACAAUAUCCAAAAAAAGCAGUUAUUUAAACAUUCUGCCUGUCCUUUUCGAUGUCCUAAUUGUGGCCAGCGUUUUGAAACCGAAAAUCUAGUGGUUGAACAUAUGUCUAGCUGCCUAGACCAAGACAUGUUCAAGAGUGCCAUCAUGGAAGAGAAUGAAAGGGAUCACAGACGAAAGCAUUUUUGUAAUCUGUGUGGGAAAGGAUUUUAUCAGCGGUGUCACUUAAGAGAACACUAUACUGUUCACACCAAGGAAAAACAGUUUGUUUGUCAGACAUGUGGAAAGCAGUUUUUAAGGGAACGUCAGUUACGACUCCACAAUGAUAUGCACAAAGGCAUGGCCAGUGGUCAAAUAGGGCCUUCUAAACCUCUGGAGAAGUGAGAUCUGAAUUUGGAGAGGACAUGGGGAAGAAUCAAUCUUCAACAGAUAUCUUUAAGUCCAGACCCAGGAAUAUCAGAUCUGAAGUGACAGCAUCUUUUCUGUCUUCUGACAAACCUCAUCAACCCCAAAAGUUCCAGUUGCAAGGAUCCAAGAAAACUCAGUAAAGAUUACUUUGGAAUCACUUUGUUGUGACAAAAUCGAUUCAUGGUGACUCUCCUGUUAUUUGUGAAAAAUCAGCUAAAGAAAAGUAACUAGAAUAUUCAUACAACAUCAGUGGUUAAAGCUACACUAAAAUAAAACUCUAUAUACUAAUUAUCUUCAAGAAUCCCUCCUAAAAGAAAAGGGCUUGCUAGGCUACUAUAAAUACAUUAUAAAGUGAGGUAAUCACAUAUCUGUGUAAAUGCAUAAAAUUCUAAACUUAAAUGGAAUUACAGUUUACGUAUCAUGAGAUGUAGUUUCAAAAACUUCACCCCAAAAUCUGUAGCUUAGAGUAUAAAUAAAAAGCUGUGGGGACUUCCCUGGUGGUCCAGUGGUUGGACGUUACUCUCCAAUGCAGGGGGGUGCAGGUUCGAUCCCUGGUUGGGGAGUUAGUAUCCCACAUGCCUCGCGGCCAAAAACCCAAGACAUAAAAAUGGAAGCAAUAUUGUUACAAAAUUCAAUAAAGACUUCAAAAAAAAAAUGGUCCACAUCAAAAAUAAUCUUUAAAAAAAAAAGAUGUGGGUACAGAGAAAAAAACGUGUAAGACCAAUGUUUUACCAAGAAAAGAUAAUCUAGUUAUUGCUUACUGUAAUGUAGCAUUUGCCUUUCUUCUUUUUUCACUGUAUAUACCAGUCACAAACUUGAUUAUUAAUAUUAAUGAGGCUCCCUUUUAAGUCUGUUACUUGAAGGAAAAACAGAAGUGGUAUUAUUUCAACAGUGGUAUAUUUUCACAAAUCACAGACAACCAAGAAGAAUGUAUCUUAAGACACAUUAUUUUCUUCUCAACUUAGCAAUGUAACCUAAAAAGGCAGAAUAAGCUUCUGUUAAACAUUUUUCUUGGUAUUAAUAUAAAAUACCAUGCUUCUCAGCUUUAAAAUUUCAAGAUAAAAUUCAACUAAGUAUUGAAUGAAACAAUGGUUAACAUGUUUAAAAAACCUUUCCUGGGAAAAUGAAAUGUUUGAUGAUAUUUUAACCUGAAGAUAAAUAGAUAGAUAGAUACACAUUUCUCAACCAUAUGAAUCUUAUAGCCAUAUUAUUUCCAUAUUGUGAGUAUAUUUGUAGUUUUGGUUAACUGCAUACCCAACCCA